AUGGCAAAAAUCAUUCUCAGGCACCUCAUAGAUACUCCAGUGCGUUACCAGGAGGAGUUUGAGGCUCGAGGUUUGGAAGACUGCAGGCUGGACCAUGCUUUAUAUGCACUGCCUGGGCCAACCAUUGUGGACUUGGGAAAAGUCAAGGCUGCCCAAGCUCCUCAAGCAGACUCAGUGGCUCAGAUGCCACUGCAAGAAGGUCACUCCCGCUUUCAGAUCUUGCUGGAUGUGGUCCAGUUCCUCCCUGAAGAUAUCAUCAUUCAGACCUUCGAAGGCUGGCUGCUGAUUAAGGCUCAACAUGGAACUAGAAUGGACGAACAUGGCUUUAUCUCGAGAAGCUUUACUCGACAGUACAAGCUGCCAGAUGGCACUGAAACCAAGGAUGUGUCCGCAAUCCUCUGCCAUGAUGGAAUUUUGGUGGUGGAAGUCAAGGAUCCAGCUGGGACUAAGUGA